AUGAUAGGUACACGUCAGUAUAUCUGCCUGCGAUGUGGGAGCCCUGGGUUGAAUCCCUGGGUCAACCUGAAGGAGGACGCGGCAAUCCACUCCAGUAUUCUUGCCUGGAGAAUCCCGUGGAGAAUCCACGGGAUUGCAGCUACAGUCCACGGGGUUCACAAAGAGUCGGACACGACUGAGCAACUAGCACACACACAAACAUGUCAUUAUAAAUCUGUCCAAACGCAUAGGAUGUUCAACAUCAAGAGUGAACCUAGGGACUUCCCCCGUGGCCCAGUGAGGAAGCCCCCUGCUUCCACUGCAGGGGUUACAGGUUCAGUCCCUGGUCAGGCACCUAAGAUCCUGCAUAGCAAGUGGCACGGCCAAAAGAUUUUUUCUGAAAAAGACAGUGAACACAACGGUGAACGAGGGAUUUGGAGGGACUGUCCUGCUCUGGUGAGUGAUAUGGAUCUCGGCGGGCUGAGUAUGGAGAGGUGGGGGAGGGGAGGAGGGGGCGGGGGUAUACGAGAAAACUCUCUGCCUUCCUCUCAACUUUGCUUUAAACCUAAACUUCUCUAA